AUGAAACCUCUUGACAUCGAAAGGGCUCUAGACGCGCUCACCAUCACAGAGAAAAUUGAGCUUCUCUCCGGUAAUCACACCACCUUCCUUCCUUCUCCUUUACUCCUCUUCCUAAUCACACCGAUCGUACGAACGGACUUCUGGCACACAAAAGCAAUCCCCCGUCUAAGCAUCCCCGCAAUCCGAACAACUGACGGCCCAAACGGCGCCCGCGGGACCCGCUUCUUCAACGGAGUACCGGCAGCUUGCUUCCCCUGCGGAACGGCGAUGGGCGCGACAUGGGAUAUCGAUCUCAUGCGGAAAGCUGGCGGGCUGAUGGGGGAGGAGGUGAGAGCCAAGGGAGCCCACGUGCUGCUUGGUCCGACGGUCAAUAUUCAGCGGAGUCCUUUGGGGGGACGGGGUUGUGAGAGCUUCUCAGAAGACCCCACCCUCUCCGGCACCAUUGCCGCCGCGGUAAUACAGGGCAUGCAAUCCAAAGGCGUCGCAACGACCAUCAAGCAGUACGUUUGCAAUGACCAAGAACACGAGCGCAUGGGUGUCAAUGCCAUCGUCACGGAAAGAACGAUACGACAGAUCUACCUAAAGCCAUUCCAGAUUGUUCAGAGGGAGGCAAAGCCUAAGGCGGUCAUGACGGCGUAUAACAAGGUCAAUGGGCUGCAUGCGAGUGAGACUAAGAAGCUGGUCACGGAUAUUUCGAGGACGGAGUGGGGGUUUGACGGGUGCGUCAUGAGUGAUUGGUUUGGGGUGUACUCGGCGUCGGAAACUGUGAAGGCAGAAUUAGAUCUGGAGAUGCCUGGGCCGCCGCGACUGCGUGGAAAGCAACUCAUGAUCGCCAUCAACGGCCAGAAGUUGAGCACACACGAAGUCGACAAAUCCGUACGGAACGUCCUCAACCUCGUAAACCUAGGGAUAGCAUCUGGUGUGCCUGAAAAUGCACCAGAAGGAAAGUUAGACACACCAGAGACUGCCGCAUUGCUCCGGAGAGUUGCGGAAUCAUCUAUCGUUCUCCUGAAGAACGAGAACAACGUCUUGCCGUUCAGCAAAGACAAAACUAUUGCCGUCAUAGGCCCCAACGCAAAACAUGCCCCCUAUUCUGGUGGAGGCUCCGCAAAUUUCCGCCACUACUACACUACGACGCCCUAUGACGCUAUCAAAGCCAUCGCCAAUGGGUCUGUCCACUAUGCGCUUGGCUCUGCAGCAUUUGUUACCUUGACUCAACUCGGUGGCCGGCUUAAAACGUCAAAUGGGGGGAAAGGGUGCACAAUGCGCUUCUACCGCGAGUCUCCAAUGGCCAAAGCGGAUUGGAGCCAUCCAGACAUCGACGGUGACCUUUUUUACGUGGACCUAGAGGGGACGCUUGAGCCAGAGGAGGAUGGGACUUGGGAGUUUGGGAUUGCUGUCCGGGGCACCUCACAACUCUUUGUAGACGGGAAGCUCGUAGUUGAUAAUCUGAACAACCAACGAAGAGGGGUCAGCUUCUUCGAUUCCGGAACCGUCGAAGAAAGAGGAACAGUUGAACUGAAGGCGGACAGGAAGCACCGUAUUUUAGUUCAGUUCGGCUCGGCACCAACGUCAAACUAUAAACUCACGGCCGGUGUGGCGCCGAUGAACGGCGGUGGGAUCAACUUCGGUGGUUUCCAAAAGAUAGAUCCAGAGGUGGAACUGCAGAAAGCGAUCGAGCUAGCAAAGUCAGCUGACCAGGUGUCCGACAUCGAAUCCGAAGGCUUCGACCGUGCGAAUAUAGACCACCCACCUCAUUUGGACGCCCUCAUCUCUGCUAUCUGUGCCUCGAACCCUAAUACUACAGUGGUCCUCCAAUCCAGCACCCCCGCCGGCACCGCGCUUGCCUCGGCUAUCUUCGACGACACAAACCCCUCUGGUAAGCUUCCUCUCUCCUACCCCUUGCGCGUGGAAGACAAUCCCGCGUAUUUAAGUUUCAGGAGUGAGAGGGGGCGGGUGUUGUAUGGGGAGGAUGUGUACGUGGGGUAUCGGUGGUACGAGAAGAUACAAAGGGAGGUGAGGUGGGUAUUUGGGCACGGACUUUCUUAUACCACAUUCUCUAUGGGUGAACUAAGGGUGGUUAUUGAUGAAGCGGCGGAUGUGCUAGAUGUUGAGGUCAAAGUACGCAACACGGGCGACAGGGAGGGGGAAGAAGUGGUGCAAGUUUACGUGCAGCAGCUUGAGCCUAGGAUUGAGAGGCCGGUGAAGGAGCUGAGAGGAUUCAAGAAGGCAGCGGUGGAGGAGGGGAAGCGUGAGGUUGUGAAGGUCGAGAUGAGUUUGCGGUAUGCGUGUACGGGGAGUUACAAAGUUAUGGUAGGAGAUAGCUCUCAGGGGAAGCUUUUGGAGGAAGAUUUUGAGGUACAGAAGACGAGGUGGUGAAAUGGUGUUUGAAAUGGGGAAAAAAGUUGAACGACACCCUGGCUCGACGUUUCGUCACGUUAUGAUUAGAAAGCUACCGAGGCACAUUUGCAGACUUUUAUCUGCUCUAACAGAAAACC